AUGCUGGUAAAAGCGGUAAAACUGGUCAAACAGGCUGCUGGGCCACCUGGACAAAUUGGACCUAUUGGACAAAGCGGUUCCCCUGGAAUGGACGGAGCAGAUGGACCACCUGGUAAUAAUGGUUCAAAGGGAAAACAAGGAGAAACAGGACCUCCUGGACUCUCUGGAAUCAUUGGACUAACUGGGCCACUUGGGACAUCUGGUCCGAGAGGACCGUCUGGGCCAUCAGGAGAAACGGGAAUUACUGGACCAAAGGGAGUAAAGGGAUAUUCUGGUGACACAGGGGAUCAAGGAAACACAGGACCUCGUGGGGAAUCUGGACAAACAGGGCCACCUGGAUCCACUGGUCCUAAAGGAGAUACUGGUCAUCCAGGACCUUCGGCCUCAUGUGUUCCAUCAUGCCCGGAAGAAUAUUCUUUGUUAGAUAACCAAACUGUUAGUCCUAAUUGUUACUUCUACAGUACAACUAUAGAAGAUACGUGGAAAAGUGCACAGGCCAAUUGUUCCAAUACAGACGGAGCCUACCUUUGGAGGCCAAAUACUGAGGCAGAAGCUGAUGCUGUUCGAGAUAAGUUUACUAUCCCUGUAACAUCAGCUGCACAACAAGGUUUAUGUGUCUCCAUUGGAGAAUUCUUCAUCUGGACAUGGUUUCAAAAAGAUUGUAAUGUUAGCAAUCCGUUUGUUUGCGAAGUACCUACGACCUGUCCAGUAUAA